AUGCUAGAAGUAGACUCCCCGAGAGAGUCGAGUGAAGAAGAAGGCCUUCCAUACCUUGACCCAAGUCCGCCGCUAGAAACGACAAAGCCAUGGGUGAUUAUGCUGGUGCUGGCCUUCGUCCUCGUAGCCAUUAUCGACAUGGGCGCUUUCCUCGCCGAAGCCCCUCGAACACGCGUUUACGAAACCAAUAUCUGCCUCAGCUAUUAUCGAGAGAUAGAACCUUCAGUCAUUGGUCCAGACGGAGCAAUACCCGAGAAGUUGUGCAAGGUGGACGACAUACAGCAAAGGAUGGCUAUGAUCUUCGGCUGGCAAGACAUGUUUGAUGCAAUACCAAGCAUUUUUCUGGCGAUACCGUUCGGUGUGCUGGCAGACAAAGUAGGAAGGAAGUGGAUCUUCACUGCGAGCCUGAUGGGCUUACAGUUGAACAGUGCUUGGGUGCUAGGCAUUUGCUACUUCAAAGAUCUGCCACUCGAGCUGACAUGGCUUUCUUCAGCCUUUUACUUCAUCGGCGGCGGACCCAUUGUUGCAGCAGCUAUUGGCAUCACCAUGAUAUCGGACAUUGCGCCACCUGAGAAGCGAACCACCAUCUUCUUGUACCUGACUGCUUCGGUUCUCAUCGCCGAGAUUAUAGCGCCAAUAAUGUCAGCUCGUCUCAUGGAGAGUGGAGACUGGUACCCUCUCGUACUCGCACUUAUCUUUCAGCAAUGUGGGGUACUCCUUGCUGUCUUUUUCCCGGAGACCUUGCACAUGCGCGAGCAUCCAAAGCACGACGAAAGUGCCGCGAGAGCAAGCCCAGCGACGGCGAGAAACCACGCGUUUAGCCCAGGGCAGCAAAUUCGGCAUUUCCAGGAUGCGUUCCAAUUCCUCAAAGGCGACCGGACGUUGGCAUUGGUUGUAUUCACUUUCAUGGCGAACAGACUUGGCCGGCAGGGUAUUACUCUACUCGUGCGCUAUGCUUCGAAGCGGUACGAAUGGGAGAUCAAACAAGCGGCAUAUCUUUUGUCCUUUCGUGCGGCUACGAACUUGGCGGCUGUAGCCAUUUUCCUGCCUCUCACUAAUCACGUGCUACUAAAGUAUGUCAGACUACCAGCACAUUGGGCCGACCUGUGGAUCGCGCGCGGCUCCAUAAUUCUCACUGCUAUCUCGUUCCUCAUUAUCGGUCUUGCAGCAUAUCCAGCUCUUUUAAUUGUCGGCCUGCUUGUCUACAAUAUGGGCACAGGCUACAACGCCGCAAUGCGUUCGGUGUCAAUACACGUUGUUGGCGGUCAGUCAAGUCCCAAUAUCGGCAAGUUGAUGAGUACCAUUGCAAUAGUUGAGAGCUUUGGUGCGCUAGUCGCUGGUCCCUUGCUCAAUCAACUGUUCCAAUGGGGGAUGGCUCUCGGCGACGUGUGGCUUGGCCUGCCAUUCCUGGCUGGUACGCUUGUAUUUGCUGGUCUUUCCUUCGUCACUUUCAAAAUUGAUGUGAGUGACAGAGAGGCCGAAUACAUCGAGGUUCAGAGUGACGAUGUCGACGAAACGAUUGACGACGCCGGUAUCCGUCUCCGACGAUCCAAGUCCACCUCAACUGUCCACCGACACGGCCCACCUACCAUCGAGCCCUUGGAUCCCGACGUAGCGCAACAUCAUGCCGUUGCUGCUGCCAGUGCAGCAUUCAUUCGAUCUCAAGCUCAGGACAACACUGCGCGUCGAGCAGACCGAAGCGUUGAGCUCGGCCGCAGCAAGAGCACUGCAAGUCGAAAGUCACUCACGUCGCCAGGCAGCCAUUUUCCCCCGAGGGAACUUAGCAUUCGGCCUGUACCACCGGGAAAGAGUACGCAGUCGACCAAUACUCACCGUAAUUCCACAUCGUCUGCGCCGCACAUGGAGAAUCAUGCCUUCUUCGACCCGCCCACCAGGGAUAGACCGACAUCAGCAGCACGUCCCUUAUCGAACCAACCCUCGGUCAUCUUGAAUGAGUUUGGACGUCCUACUUCUCAGCCGAAGUCGCACCGUAACAGCGCAGCACCAUCCAUCACAUCGCAACAAAUCAGGAAAGCACGUUCUAUGUAUUACGCCAGCAGCGUUCAGACUGGGUCACCUAUCGCUCGACCUCCAGCCAAGUACCUUGGUGCUUCCCCAACGAGCAUGCCCUCUGUUUUGAGUACUGCACCGACCGCUUACGUUCCAAGUAGAGGCAUACCUCCCUCUCCGCUUGCAUCGCCACAUGUGCCUGUAGCCUUGACUUCAGGUGAGACAAUCGAGAUCGCUCGGGACAACUGUCUGCGAGACUUCCAACAAACGUCGAUCAAACACAAGCCAUCGCUCUUUCUAGCGCCAUUCAAGAAGAGACAGGACAGAUCGAAGGACAAGGCCAAACGCCUCUCGUCGAUCAUCACAUCUGUACCAUCUGUAGACUGUAACUUCGUGGGAGACACAGCGCUCGACGUCACUGUGAGCGACUUCAUGCCACCGCCAGAUACAAAGGAGAGACGAUCUUUCUCUGGGUCGCUGAAGAAGAAAAUCAAAAGAGUAUUCAGAAGGACAUCCAACAAAACGCCCAGCCUUCCAGUCCAACAGAUUGAAGCCAGCCGCGAGUACUUUGUCAGCUCGUCAGCGCCAACUGCAGAUAAUCAUGGCAAUAUACCAAGCCCUAACGAGGAAUUGCUUCAAACGACACGAUCUCGAACACCUUCAUCUAACGGAGGCCAUCUACACCCUAUGCGAUCAGGGUCACAGACGCUCACACAACGCGCAAUCAAGCGGUUGACGGUGAUACAUGAAUCAAAAGACAGUAUGGGUAGUAUCACUGAUAGGCUAGCGUCCACUUCCACGAACAGGAAAUCGUUGGGUCUCCCAGCGUUCACAGCCUUCGAAGACCCCAUGCCGAUGCAGAGCCUAGCAGAAGAGGCUUCAACGCCACCUGUUGACCCAAAACGUGUCUUCUCGGCUCUAAUGCGUGAGAUCGACGCGUCCAAAUCUGCCGGAGCUCCGAUUGAUCUUUCAGAUCGCACAUCAGGCGCAGAGAGCGAUGUGUUCGAGUCGAGCAGAACAAAGGAAUUGCACUCAACCACUGAACAGACACACCCCACUGUCAGUGAAUGCUGUGAGCAAGAGAUCGGCCAUGAGCGGGCGAGUUCAGGUCAUCGCCGUGGGAAUGCAGCUGCGUCAAGAGGUCCGUCUAAGAAAAGCUCAAUCAAGUCUUUUGGGCAGGCUAUCAGAUCCACAAUACGCACCGUGACGCCAGGGGAACAACGGCCUGCGCGCCGUCUGGACGGGAUGUCAAAUACCCAGCCACAUGCGGACACGCCAUCAUCAGGCGCUUCAUCAAGGUCUCCAAAUGAUCAAGAAGAUCUGUUAAUCCUACUAACGUGCAUCAGAAGUGCAACACUUUCCCAAGAUACCUCAGUUGUAACUUUCACACCGACCGCGGAGCAAAUCGAAAUGCGAGUGGCGAAGGCCAAGAAUCGAUGGCAGACACCUCUAAUCGAGAGCACGACACUCCAGUUUCCGCGUGAGACAGAUCGACUAUACACGGUAGUUGACUUGGCUCACCAGCGAUCUCUGGAGAAGGCCGCUGCAACCAGUGAGGAGGCUACGAGCUCACAGUCCCCUGUGUUGCAGCUACCGAAACUCACACAGCUGCCUAUGUCUCCUAGUAUCUACUCAAGGAACACCGAUGGGGCCAGCAUCCUUCCUAACGACAGCGUGGUGUCUUUCACAGGCCGUGAAACUAUUCCUCAGGGAGGCUCGGCAGUCAUCUUGACCAGCCAGUCUGUACGAAGCUAUGUCAUCGGUACUCCAUCCCCAAAUCGGCCAAGUUCAACUCAUUCCAGUCGUGACUGGAAGGCUUGGCUGUCGCAUGAAGUUUCCGGAAUCGAGAGCAUCAGCCAAGAGGACAUCACAAUCCGCGGACAAUACACAACGUCGUCUCAACAACGCAAAUCCGACUUGACUCCAACUCGAUCGAGUAGCAACAACUCAAGUCGGUCACGUAAAUCAAAGUCGCCAACUAGCAGUUUCGGAUUCUCCCAGAAGUCACCGUUGGAGAAUCUUAGGCCCCAGACCAUCUACUCGGACAUAUCUGCUCCCGCGACGGGCUGUGUUACAGCUGUUCCGCCCUCCUUUACCGCGAACAGUGCCGAGACGGCGCAGAAGAGCAAAGAAAAUAUCACACCGCCGUCGCUAGGUGGCCACAGAAGACCGAACAUGGCGCCCCUCGCAUUCGUUUCACAACAUAAAUCACUACAGCCACUUUCGCCAUCGAGUUCGCACCGAAGUUGCAACAGUGUGAUGGAACACGGUGUAGACGCAGCAACUGAGAACCAAUCGAAGCGCGCCUCGAAACCAGCCGACACGGUAGUUGCACGUCCCAGCUUACGCAUCACCAUACGACCGUUAUCACCCGAGAAGCUUUCACGGCGCCCCAGGAGUGCAUUUGAUCUGCGUAAUACACCCUCGCCCCGUCCAGCAUCGGAACUCUUUCGCACUACGCUGCCGUCGAAGCCGUCUUCACGUUUAUCGGUCCGAGAUCCUCACCCAACCCUUGAAUCAGAGGCACACAUGCACACAACGCCUGAAACGUGCCAGCCCGAUGGUAGUGUAACACCUGGUCAACGGAUGGCUGAGCGCUUCCUGAAGGAGCGGAAGAGCGCCACAGUACUUGAGCGAGGAGUCAGGAAGAGUGCUGGUAAGCUUGUUAGGGAGGAUACACCAGCAUUUCUUUGA